AUGCCGCUCUGUCUCACCUUCAUCGACUUGAAGAGGGCCUUCGACUCAGUUGAGACGGAUGCGGUCAUGGGAGCCUUGGACAACCAAGGCGUCACUACUCAGUACAUAAAGGGUGAUACAAUCUCACCCAAAACGUUCACAGCCACCCUCGAGGACGCAAUGCGAAAGCUGGAAUGCGAUGCCAUGGGAGUGAAGCUGAAACUGCAAAAAACGAUAUUCACGCGUAACGCAUGGGUCUCGGAUGCCCCAUUCACGUUCAACGGAACGAACAUAUCCGAAUGCACCAGCUACGUUUAUCUGGGUCGGGAAUUGAACAUGAUGAAUGACCUGACCCCCGAGCUGGAAAGGAGGAAACGAGCGGCUUGUGGAGCGGAUAAGAAUAUCGAGGAUGUAGUGAAGAAGACCAAGAACACCCGACUCCGUGCUCACCUCUUCAACACCACUGUACUUCCUGCUUUGACCAAUGCUUCAGAAACCUGGGCAUUUCACAAGCAGGAAGAAAACGCGGUGUUUGGUUGUGCAUCACCAAGGUCGAUUAAAAACAAGGAUAACAUUGCCGUUAUUGGACAGGAUACUGUUGAUCGAGCAGACGUAAGGGUAAUUGAUCUGUCAAAGUCUGUUUCGAAUUCUCGAAUGACGUCUAAAGCGCGAGAUUUGGAGGUUCUGGCUAAAUGA